GGUGGUCCCCGCGGUCCUCACCUACUACAUGCGGCACCUCCGCGAGAAGCAGCCCGAGGCCCGGCGCCGCGUCCCGGGCGAGUUCUUGCUGACCGCCGCCGCCGUGGGCAUCCUCGCGAAGGAGAACGCCUGCAUCAGCGGCGCGGCUGGGGGCUGCCAGGCGGAGGUGGGCACCGCCACGGCGAUGGCGGCGGCGGGCCUGUGCGCCGUGGUCGGGGGCACGCCGUCGCAGGUCGAGCAGGCAGCGGAGAUAGCCCUGGAGCACUGCCUGGGCAUGACCUGCGACCCGAUGCUCGGGCUGGUCCAGGUGCCCUGCAUCGAGCGCAACGCGAUGGGCGCCAACAAGGCCGUCAACGCCGUUGCUUUGGUGAUGAAGGCUCCCCCGGGGCGGCGCAGAGCGGUGGUCAGCUACGACGACUGCUUGCGGGUCAUGAAGCAGACUGGAGACGACAUGCAGUCGAAGUAUCGGGAAACGGCGCAGGGGGGUCUGGCGGCGGAGUAUGACGUCUGGCUGCAGAAGCAGGAGGGCAAGAAGAUCCGGGAGGUAGAGGAGACGAUGGGGCUGAACCGCAUACGGUGGGGCCCGGGCGAGCGCGCCACGCCGUCAAAGGCGCCCGCCAGGCAGGCAUCCGACGGCAAGACGCUCCCCCUCGAAUACUCCGACCUCUUCGAGCUGAACCAGCGAGUCCGCGCGAAGACACUGGACCUCAGCAAGUGCUAGGGGACCCUCCCGGGCGCGGGGACCCGGGCGCCGACUUGAUGGCCAGCUGGCGCACGGGGUGAAGUCGGCAGCACGCGCGGGCUCCAGACACUCCAGGCCGACCGACAUGGGGACACCGAUCGGAGCAGCCAGCGAGUGUUGGGUGCAGCGGUGAGCCUUCGCCGCCACCGGGCACUGCGAGCCACCGCUAGAAAACCAAGCAGCGGCACAAGCACGAAUUUUCGGAGUGGGGGCGCGCGUUUCGUGCGGUCGGCGCGGGACUUCCCUCGCCACAUGUGGUGCACCUCCUCCCCCCUUCGCGCACGGAGCGCGAAGGGGGCGGCGCGGCAUCUGGCGCCGCCAUAUUCCUAUUCAUAUAUCUUUAUAGGGCCGGGGACGCCGG